GCAGCUUAAAGCGCAUUCAAAAAUAAUUAUUUAGCGCGAAACUUCGGAAUAUCUUGCCCAUUAAAUUAUAUUUUUUUAAUCAAUUUAUUAAUUAUCAUAAUGGAAGUUGAUACUCCAGACGAAAAUAUGAAUGAGUCUUUUGACGCAAACGUUUUUCCUGACUUGUUACCUACCUACUAUAAUCGAUUGUUUCCAUUUUCUCUUUACUAUAAAUGGCUUCGAUACAAUGAUGAUAAGCUGUUCAUUAAUCGAGAAUUCUCCUUCACUCUUCGAGAUGAUGUAUACAUUCGCUAUCAAUCUUUUAGGGACGAAGAGGAAUUGAAAAAAGAAAUCAUACAAAAAUGUCCUUUUAAAAUCGACAUUGGAGCGGUGUAUUCAUGUCGACCAAGUGACCAACGAACUGCCUCAAAUUUCCAUCCAGUCGAAAAAGAGCUAGUUUUUGAUAUUGAUAUGACAGACUAUGAUGAAAUUCGGACAUGUUGUAGCGGAGCUGAUAUUUGUCGAAAAUGUUGGGUUUUUAUGACCAUUGCUUUAAAGAUUCUUGAUCGAGCUUUAAGAGAGGACUUUGGUUUUGAUCAUCUUUUAUGGGUUUAUUCUGGAAGAAGAGGUAUUCAUUGUUGGGUGUGUGAUAAACAAGCUAGAGAACUAAGCCCAACUGCGCGGACAGCCAUUGUUGAAUAUCUUAGUGUUGUGAGGGGUGGUGAAUAUAAAUCAAAAAAAGUUCAUUUACCUGAAAUGUUACAUCCAAGCAUCGGUGAAGCUGACACAAUCAUUAAAGAGUAUUUUGAAGAUCUUAUAAUAAAUAAACAAGAUUUCUUUGAGAGUUCUGAAAACUGUGAGAAAGUCAUUUCCAUGUGUUUAGAUCAAACUGGUAAAGACAUACUGAAAAGUGGCUUAAUUAAUGAAAGUGGUAGUGCUAAAAAGUGGAAAGUCAUUAAGGAAGUUGAAGAAACAGUAAUGCAUCAAAAAGGCUCCAAGAAUCGUUCUAAACAUUUCAUUACUGAAGUAAUGUUCCAGUUAUGCUAUCCCAGGUUGGAUAUCAAUGUAACAAAAGGUUUAAACCAUUUGUUAAAAGCUCCAUUUUGUGUUCAUCCUAAAACAGGCUGUGUAUGUGUUCCCAUUGAUCCAAAUGAAAUUGAUUCUUUUGAUCCUUUUGAUGUACCAACCAUAUCACGCCUUUGCAAAGAAAUUGAUGAAUAUAAUUCAACUCUUAAAGCAGAUGACAUGAAUGAUGAAGCAAAUAUUCCAAACAAAAUUCCAGACUACAAUAAAACAAGACUUAAAAAAAGCAUUGAGAUUUUCAAAACUUUUGUUGAAAAUUUAAAUUCUGCCAAUACUGAUCCUUGAUACUGAAUAACCGUACAAUAUGUAUCAACCUUUCUAAUAUUUUGUAAAUAAACAGACUUAACAAAUUUUAUGAAUUAUUAAAAAGCAAAUUAAUAUUUUUAUGCAAUAAAAUGAAUUUGUAACUUAUACAUGCUUGAAUUUUGAUGAUUU